GCCUCGGCGCCUGCGCGCUAGCCUCCCGGUGUCCGUGCCCUUAGGACGCCUAAUUGCCUUAGCUCGGCUGUGGACGCUAGCGGGUUCGUGCUGGGUGGCCUGUGCGCACGCCUUGCGAGCUGACGGCGCCAUGAGUCUGACUUCCAAUUCCAGCAUACGAGUUGAAUGGAUAGCAGCAGUUACCUUUGCUGCUGGGACAGCUGUACUUGGUUAUCUCGCUUACAAAAGAUUUUAUGUUAAAGAUCAUCGCAGCAAAGCCAUGGUAAACCUUCACAUCCAGAAGGACAACCCCAAGGUAGUACAUGCUUUUGACAUGGAAGAUUUGGGAGAUAAAGCCGUGUACUGCCGAUGCUGGAGGUCCAAAAAGUUCCCGUUCUGUGAUGGGUCACACACAAAACACAAUGAAGAGACUGGAGACAAUGUGGGACCCCUGAUCGUCAAGAAAAAGGAAACUUAAAUGGACAGUUUAGAUACUGUGAACCAACUGGUCAUCUUACCUGAUUGUUUAAUUAGAGUAAUUACCACUUCUGUCUGAUUCACCUCCCUUGGGUUCUAGAUGUGGUAUAUUGCAAACUGCAGCUUUCACAUUCAUGGCAUUUGCCUUACUUGUUGAAACAUCGUGGUGCACAUUUGUUUAAACAACAACAACAAAAAAAAUGUAAAAACCAACUUCAUGGCCUGUGGGUUAUUUUGGUCUUGUAAGGAUCCGUUUCUUUAAAUUUAAAAUAAUAUUAGAUUAUAGUUGUUAUCUUGAGGUUGAUGUAUUAAAUUAUUCUCCAAAUCAUGCAUAUGCAGAUUGUACUCCUAAGUUUCAAAGAAAAAUUACCACCUUUUCAUAGCACUUCGUUAAGCUAGAAAGUAAAUAGGGUAUGAUUAUGCUACAUAAACUUAAUGCAAUCUAGGAAAAACCUGUUAUGACCUUGAUUUUCUUCUUGUCAGUAGUAAUGACAUUGAGAAGAUACUGCUGCUGUGUUUUCAAAGUUUUCGAUCAAAAAAUGAACUAUUGAGUGUUACUCUGCUUAAUUAUAACUGUCCAGCUCAAUAAUAAAAGGGCAGUAACUUCUUGGUAUUUA